AUGGCCACCAAAUCGCUCGGCAAACACCGCAAGUCCCACAUGGAGGAGGGGACCUAUAAGUGUUCCGAGUGCGGGGAGACCUUCCCAAAAAACUCAGCCUUCGUAGCCCAUCUCAGGACCCACAAGGGCCAACCCCCCUACCGGUGCUCCAGCUGCGGCGAAGCCUUCUUGGACAGCUCGUCCUUCCAGCGCCAUCGGAAAAAGCACUUGGCGGCGAAACCCUACCAGUGCUCUGACUGCGAAGCCGGCUUCACCGCCCACUCGGCGCUCCUCCUCCAUCAGAAGAGCCACGUAGGAGCCAGGCCCUACGUCUGCUCCGACUGCGGGAAAGGUUUCCGGGACAACACCACCCUCCGUAGGCACCAUCGUAUCCAUACGGGCGAGAAACCCUAUAGGUGCUCUUACUGCGAGAAGAGCUUCCGGGCCAGUUCCACCCUCAUCAUCCACCGGCGGAUCCACACCGGUGAGAAACCGUAUAAAUGCACCAAGUGCCCCAAGUGCUUCAUGUCCAGCUCGUCCCUCCGGAAGCAUCUGCGGACGCAUCUCCGCAAGGAGCUGCUGGUGGGUCCCAAACAAUGA